AUGAGCAAGUCAGAAGUGUUUCUGUGGUUGGCAGGUAUUAUGAAAAGAGUCCUAAUGCAUAGCCCGAGGUGUUUCUUCUCCAGGGUGGGUCUUCUCUCCAAACCAAGAUUACUCCCCUGGUGUGCCACAAAACCUCCAGGUUGGUCACAGCUCUUUAAGAGCUCAGCAUGUAAGGGAAACUUCACUUACGUGAUAGCCAAGAAGUGUCAAAGAGGGCAAAAAAGUUAGAAGAAAUCAAACCAUGUUGGACCACCUAAUGGUUCCUGGCAGGAAAGGCUGGCCUAUGUUGUGACACCACUCUGGAGACUGAGCUGUGAGGAACAGAUCAAGGUGAAAUUUGAAGCUCAGAAGAAAAUUUUAUAGAGACUAGAGUCUUACUUCCAAAAGCUCAAUGGAGUCAAUGUGACAACAUCUGUACCCAGAGCUGAGGGGCUCUGUUGUCUUUUCCAUCCUAUUAUAUCCUCACCUGUCAUCAAUGGCUACCAAAAUAAGUCCACCUUCUCUGUGAACUGAGGUCCAGAUGGCAAUACAAAGACCAUGGGGUACUACUUGGGAACUUGGAGAAUUCAAAACAUCGUUUGUGUACCCUCUAACCAUCUGAAGAACAUCCCUGAAAAACACAAUCAAGUGGCCUAGUACUAUGAAGUAUUUCUUUGACAGUCUGCAAUGGAGUCCUGCUUUUUGUUUCAUGAAGGUGGGUACUGGUGUGAGCUCAUAUUCUGCACCGAUAGCCGAGGGCACACAAUGGCCAUCAUCACUUUCCAUCCCCAGGAAUUAAGACAGUUGGUUUUGGAAGUGUCAGGGCAGGUAGCAGAAAUUACACAUCCACAGAAUAUUUAUGUGGGUUGGGAAGAGGGGUUAGGGACUGAGGUGAAGUUCCAUGUUAAUGAUGAUGUGAGGACUCCCAAGUAUUUUCACAAGAACUUUGCCCAUGGAAGUUGGAGGAGCUCAGUAUUCAGAGAGACUCUAAAGUUUUUCACCACUGGGCCAGGAGCAGUCUGUGAUUUGACAUCCCUUUACUUUCAGGAAAGCACCAUGAUGCAUUGCAGCCAUCAGCAGUCCCCCUAUCAGCUCCUAUUUGGGGAACCCCAUCUCUUUGAAGAUCUCUUGGGCUUGAAGAUCUGUAUCUCUCCAGAAGCCUUUUUCCAGAUUAAUAAUGCUGGUGCAGAGGUGCUGUAUCGGACAGUGAGGGAGCUAGUGAACUCUAACACCAUCCUCCUCGAUAUCUGCUGUGGAACUAGUGUGAUUGGUCUCUCUCUGGUUCAGUAUAUCUCCCAGGUCCUUGGUAUUAACUUGGUGGAACAGGCAGUAGAGGAUGCCAGGUGGACUGCAGCCUUCAAUGGUAUCACCAACUGUGAAUUCCACACAGGUUGAGCAGAGAAGAUUUUACCACAGCUGCUACAGUCAAAGGAAAAUUGGCAGUUCAUUGUUGCUGUGGUGAGCCCAGCCCAGGCAGGACUGCAUAGGAAUGUGGUUCAAGCCAUUCAAAACUGCAGGGCUAUCCGCACGCAGAUUUUUAUUUCCUGCAAGCCCCAUGGUGAAACCACAAGGAACAUCAUUGAACUAUGCUGUCCUCCAGACUCAGCUAAGAAGCUCUUUGGUGAGUCUUUUGUUCUGAGAAAAGCUGUGCCUGUUGAUCUGUUCUCCCCCACCAUGCACUGCAAGCUGGUGCUCCUCCUCACUUGCGAAUCAGCCUCCUAUGAUACUGCAGGCUCUUUAUUAAGGCAGAAGUUUCAGUAA